CCAUGUUCAGCCCUUACCGCAGACGGAGCACCUCGAUGGAUCCGCAAGCCGCAUGAAUGUCGGACGUCUCGGCGAAAUUUGUCUCCACCACAACCAAAACAUCACAGCUCACCUCCGCCCGCAGCGCUCAGCACGACAUUCCUCAUCUAUGGGUUCUUCCGCUCCUUAAUACCCCUUUCCUAGCGCCACUUCGAUUCCUGGGCUCCUGAGCUCCUUGACACUACCAUGGAGAACGGGGAGAUCUUCACGUCUCUCGAAGAGAUCACCGCUGAAGCAAAGGCUAAGGCGGAGAAGCAGCGCGCUGAGGAAGCGCAAUUGGGUGGCCCGAAGCCGACUGUCACAGAUGUGAGGACUGCGAAGAAGGCUGGAGAGGUGCACUUCAAGGCGCAACAUGGCAUUGUGGUUGCUUUCUUCAGUUUCAUCCUCGUCCUUCACAUUCUUGGCAUAUACCUGUUCACGAGCGGUUUUCUCCUUACUCGCUUAGUCCUUCCACAUAGAUCUGAAUGCGCCGUCCCUCCGAUCGAGCUUACAAAAGGUUACGUAGCGGGCGAUGCGGGGAAAGGGUGCUGGCAUCCCAAGACAUACGACAAGGCCAUUGUGGUUAUCGUAGACGCGCUGCGUUACGACUUCACGGUACCAUUCGAGGCUCAGUUUGAACCCGUAAAUCUCGAGAAGCAGGCCGAGCGUGCCCAAGCGGCCUCCUCUGAGAAGAACGUUGCGCCUCGCCAUUUCCAUAAUGCCAUUCCCGUACUCUACGAGACUGCCAAGCAAUCGCCGAAGAACGCGUUCCUCCUGCCUUUCAUUGCGGAUCCACCGACAACGACACUGCAGCGAUUGAAGGGACUGACCACCGGAACGUUGCCUACGUUUGUUGACGCUGGAAGCAACUUCGCGGGCACUGCGAUUGACGAGGACAACCUGGUUGCACAAUUGAAGGACGCUGGUAAGAGGGUAGUGCAUUUGGGCGACGACACAUGGCACGCGCUGUUCCCUGGAUACUUCGAGCCGAACCUCACCCACGCAUACGAUUCGUUCAACGUUUGGGACCUACACACAGUUGACAACGGCGUUACAGAGCACAUGUUCCCCCUUUUGAAGGCUGAGAACUCGACGAAAUGGGACGUCAUCUUCGGACACUAUCUGGGCGUGGACCAUGCGGGACAUCGUUACGGACCGGACCACCCUGCCAUGGCGGCGAAGUUGAAUGAAAUGGACGCCGUGUUUCGACGCAUGAUCGAGGAGAUCGAUGAUGACACCCUACUUGUAGUGAUGGGCGAUCACGGCAUGGAUGCCAAGGGAGAUCACGGUGGGGAAUCAGACGACGAGAUCCAGGCUGCGCUGUGGAUGUACUCCAAGAGGGGGGACUUUGGCCGCAUCGAUCCUUCCUUUGUACUCCCACCUGCACACGCGAAGGACAGACCCGUUGCGCAGAUUGAUCUCGUACCCACUCUUUCAUUGCUCCUAGGCCUACCCAUUCCGUUCAACAACCUCGGAAAACCGAUCGACGAGGCUUUCGUUAGUGCCAAGGGCGUCGGUUUUGAGAAUUUGGCGACUGUCAAUCGUCUAGCAAGCGCCCAGAUCCAUCGCUACCAGGGCGAGUAUGCCAAGGUUCGUGGCCUAGAUGAAAGCACUUUCUCCAGCUCCCUUUCGUUGUGGCCUGCUGCGAAUGAAGCUUGGACUUCAGUCUUCCAGCGGAUGUCCUUCGGUGGAAGUACAGCCAAGGGAGAACAGAUGAAGGCAUCCUACAAAGCUUUUGCUGCUUACCAGCAGGAGAACCUGCGCAUCUGCCGCUCGCUUUGGGUACGGUUUGACGUGCCUAGGAUGAUCAACGGUGUACUGAUCCUGGCUUUCAGUGUACUCCUCAUUGCACUGUAUGCUCGAGGUUUGAUCGGAGAUCGCGCUGAGAUCACACCUGUCUUCUUCACUAGGGGUCUUUUGGGCACUGUGCUUGGUGCCGUGCUCGGUCUUGUUGUGUCACUUGUGCUGCCAGACACGCCGAAAGAGCAUAUUGUGGCCUUCGCGGCAGCUAUGACUGGCAUUAUUGGCGUGCUAUCCGCCUUCUUCUCGUUCCGCAACCGUCUUGGAUCUCCAUUGCCCAACAACAUUUGGGGCUACACGAGUUUCAUCUUCACUGUCUCCCUGUCGGCAGGUUUCGCAGCCAACUCGUUUACUAUCUGGGAAGACGAGAUCCUCUUGCAUUUCCUCACUACGUUUGGUGUCCUUGCCGUUAUCUCUUCGUUCCGACAAAAGAGUAUGUCUGAUCGCACCCUUGGUGUGUACCAUUCGAUUCUCUUCACUGUUCUGCUGCGCGUUGCAAGCUUCUCAAGACUCUGUCGAGAGGAGCAGAUGCCUUACUGCAAGUCAACUUACUACGCAUCUGCUCUCUCCACCACCUCUGCACCGUGGCAGCUCAUCAUCCCGGCCGUCGCUGCGCUCCUCGUCCCCACCUUCGUUAAGAGCUAUUACGAGGGAACUAAGAGCUACCAAAACAUGGCAGUCAUGUGGAUCGGCAUCGUCCUACGCUUCGGCCUAAUGCUCUCCGCCGCAUACUGGGCCCUCGACGCCGCCGACGAUGCCGACUGGUACCCAGCUUUCUCCAGCAUCAUCAAAAUCACCAAGCAAGCGCUCGCCCAAGGCGUCCUCAUCCUGGCCUUCGGCAUCGGCUACGCCCUCUACAACUGGUCCAAGCCGCUCCUCAACAUCGAAAUGGCCAACCAAGGCACAGACAAAGAACAAGUCAUCAUCCACGGCUACGCAAACGUCCACGGCAGCCGCUACGCCCUCCUCAUCACCAUCUGGUACCUCGCCGUCGCGCUGCUGCAGAAGCCAAUGGGUGCAGGCGCCAUCGGCAUCCUUGUCUGGCAACUCUUCUCCCUCUUCGAGAUUAUCGACACGAACAACCUGCGCCAAUCAUCCAUUGGCCCCGUCGUCCUCGGUCUCCUAGGCUCAUUCCACUACUUCAAGACCGGCCACCAAGGUAGCUUAUCAAGCAUCCAAUGGGAGUCCGCAUUUAUCCCGCUGAAAUCCGUCCGCUACCCUUGGACACCCAUCGUCGUCAUCCUGAACACGUUUGGAGCGCAAAUUCUGUGCGCUGUCGCGGUGCCUGCGCUUGUGCUGUGGAAGGCGCAGCCUAAGCAGCGGCGCUUGCUUAGUACGGUGGCUAAGGCGAUUGCUACGCAUAUCUUGUUUUAUGCUGUGAUCAAUCUGGCGACAACGAUGUGGGCGGGCCAUCUGAGGAGACACCUCAUGCUUUACCGCAUUUUUAGCCCGAGAUUCAUGCUUGGGGCUACGGUGCUGCUUGUUGUUGAUGUUGUGGCGAUUUUUGUGGGGUUGUGGGGUGCGCGCAUGAGUAUUCUGAGUGUUGCGGAGGUAUUUGGGUUUGCUUAAGAGGUGGACUGAGGGGAUCAGGAUUGUUGUAUAAUAAUCAUGGGGGUGUACGGCAUUGCAUGCGUCUGUCGACGCCGGGUUUCCUUAUCGUUAUAGCAUCAAGAGACUCGUCUUGCGAGCGUCAUUAGAUCUCAUUGCCAUCAAGCGUGUUCAUGUUUUCC